UAGACUACACCGUACAGUCAAUGGGCCAGGCAGACUUUGUACAAUAAAUGCUAUAAUAACACAAGCCCGCUACACUACACGAAAGAGGUUGUAUCAUUUAGUUAACGCUGCGACAAUGUUAUUCCGAUUCGGUGUCAUUCUCACUCCGGACUCUGCGGAUGUAGAGGUCUUUGUUUUGGGUUCGCGUGUGGAAAUGGGCCACUGGGACCCGAGCGGAGCGGUUCAGAUGAAAGCCUCACGGAAGCUGGUGUCAACACAUGAACCGUGUCUGUGGAUCGGCGACGUGCAGCUGGCAGAGCCGUUCAAAGACACGCUGUGGUUCAAGUUCGUCAAAAGGGUCGGAGGCAUUUAUAUCUGGGAAGGUAGCGGUCCUAGUCAUGACAGAUGUUGUUCGUAUGACGAGAGGAACGUGGUUGACGGGGUGUACUGCCAUCCGAUUGGUCACUGGAUAGAGGAAACAGGACACACAGAUGAGAUGAAACACACCACUAACUUUUACUUCAGUGUGGCAGGUCAGAAGGCCAUUCAUUUCUCCAGGGUGCUGCCACGUAUUUGGCUGGGCAGCUGCCCUCGACAGGUGGAACAUGUGACUAUAAAGAUGAAGCAUGAAUUGGGGAUUACUGCGGUGAUGAACUUUCAGACCGAGUCGGAUCUGGUGAACAACUCUGAUGGCUGCAGGCGCAACCCUGGGGAAGCCAUGACCCCAGAGACCAUGAUUAAUUUGUACAAAGACUGUGGUCUUGUGUAUGUGUGGAUACCAACACCUGACAUGAGCACUGAGGGUCGGAUAAGGAUGCUUCCCCAGGCUGUGUUCUUGCUUCACGGUCUCUUGGAGAAUGGCCACACUGUCUAUGUUCACUGUAACGCUGGAGUUGGCAGGUCAACGGCAGCUGUUUGCGGCUUGCUCAUGUACAUCCUUGGCUGGAGCAUGAGGAAGGUGCAGUAUUUUGUUGCAGCAAGGAGGCCGGCAGUGUACAUAGAUGAGGAAGCUUUAGUUAAGGCUCAGGCAGACUUCACCCAGAAGUUUGGACAACUGCGAUCAUCGAUCUCUUUCCCAGAGACAUGAAAACCAAGUGUUCUUAUACAGAAGUCUUCCAAUUUGAAGCAGAAUUUUACAGUUAUGAAAGCUCCACUGGAUUGGACUCUUAGAAAGAAAACCGAUUCCUGACAAUGUGUGAAAAAAUAUAUUGCGUAGUCAGCAAGGAAGCUGCUAGAAGGUGAAACAAGCUAUAGUAAGGAAAGUUACUUCUAAAUGACCCACUUCAGUUGAGUGGCUUUCUUGUUGAUACCCAAGUACCUGGAAAGAGUUCUGCUGGCAAAGAUGUUUCAAGCAAUUAAUCCUACUGUGAUGUGUUAGCUUUUAACUUCAAGAACUGCCCAAUGCCGUUCAGCACAUAGUUACAAAUUGUGCACGUGGAGUCAGCUACAGGACAUUUAAAUACAUAGUGUUGACUUUUGACAAUGACAUAGUUUAUCAAAAUAAAAUUCACUUGAAUUAACUGGUCAACUUGAUUUUUUGGAGGAAAAUUAAUUGUUUACAUGAAUCAACUAAUCGGUAAAAUAGUUGAUAGAUGAGUUAGUGGCAGUCAUAGAAAGAAGUGUUGAUGCUGCAUGAAAAUGGCACUCCUCGCAAAAGCAACAAAUCAAUUCCAAAAACCAAAAUAACGACAAUGCCUCUCCCUCUCUGUCAGAGCAGUAUUCAGCUCCAAGACAUUGAAGAAUACAGCUCCACCCCAUCUCUCUCAGAGAGCUUGAUAGCAUUUCAUCUUUAUUUAUUAAUCCGACAGAUGCUAUUUCGACCUAUCUCCUAAAUAACAAAAACAACAUCCCUGCCAGACCAUUUUAAUGCAUACAUAAUAAGACAUUAUUGGAAUACGGUUCGUUGUCAAUCUUGAAUGUCUGCCUAGACUCCUGUUGAGGAUAUAUUGCUUUUUUAAAAUACAGUGUUUUUGUUACCCGUCCUUGAUUUAGGAAAAGUUAGUAGAUUAGAUGGGAGGAAAAAAUUUCUCCCCAGCACAAGUCAUAUUUUCAUUACCUUUCAGUGAGCCCCUUUAGAAGACAGCACCUCAUGAGUUGUCAGUGGAGAUGGGUGGGUGGAUUGAACCAUGCAUGUGUGCUAGGGGAAACAUUGUGGAUUUCCAAACAUUCUAAAAAUAUUCACAAAAACUGAAUAUGAUAUGACUGACAUGCUUUUCUUAUUUUUACUGACAAAGAAAUGGGUGCACUGGUUUGAGGAAAAGUACCGUGCAUUCCAUACAGUACUGUAUGUGUGUGAGAGCUGGGGUCUGCUCAUGUAAUUGGUAAAUAUGUUGUGUCUUUCCCCUGGGUUAUUGCCAGUGACUGAUGUUAUAUAAUAUUUGCAGUCUACAUGAUUUCCAGGAUCUGCCAAUCACAUACACUGGUUCCACAGGAUCCUUGCAUUCACAUUAAAGUAAGCAUUAGAGAGCAUUCGCAAAUGUCAGAAAGAUGGCUUUUUAUGGUGCAGAGGAAUCAACAAAUGUGUCUUCAAUUCCAUUUAAUCUAAAAUGUGCCAUGAGAAUACACUGCGUACCUGUGUUUAGCCUAUUGUUAUUGCUUUCAAUGUCCCUGAAAGCCAUCUAAAAGCUUGUAUUUAUUACAUCUGCUCUUCCUUUUACAGACACAUCCAUUCUGCCGAUUUAAAACAUCACAGACUCAUUCUUUAAAUUUGCUUCUGCAGUACACCCCUUCAUGUAACCAUUAAUGGAUCCAUCAACCAUUUUUCUCCACCGUAAAGUGAAAAAAACAACCUAUAAUGACAUGAAAUAAAUAUUUCGCAGGAACAACCUUUUAGGAUGUAAAUCACAUUGAAUGGUUUGAUGCCACCAUCUUAGCAGAGAGGCUCGUGAUGAUAAUGCAUUUACAUGAAAGGUGCACGGCAAAAAUUAUUCACAUUAUCGAGUGUUUUGUUCAUGUGUAUAAAGUAUCCAAAUGAACGACAUAAAAGACAGUUAUGUGCAGAUUACAAUAACAUAACUGCAGGGAACACACAAAAAAGAAACAAACCAGCUGAAUUGAGAUCGUCUUUAAUCAUUAAAACUGCUUCAGUUAUAUUGAAGCUAUUAAUCAAUAGUAUAGGUCACAUUAGACAAGGAUACCCUUGUAGCCAGAGCAGAGGGGCUUAAAUCCCAAUUAAUUGGACCCACAUUAUGAUAUUUAGUGUAUUUUAACAGGCAAUAUUGAUUUUUUAAACUGCUCCGAGCAGUGUCAGUUUCAGGUGGCUGAUUCAGAUCAGUUCAUGACAGUGCCACAGUCUGAUAUCAGGUCAGAGACACCAGCCAAGAGUAAAACAAAAAAACCAAAGCUGUGCGCAGGUGUUACUGCCAAGUUUAACAUCUACAGAAUCUCACCAGCUGUGAAAAUUGUAUCAUUAUUGUUAGCAACUGGAAUAUUGCCUUGUCAGUGUAUCAAAGACAGCAAGUACCCUGGACAGCCCCUGAAUCCCUGGUGGCCUCUGAACUAGCACUUUGGACGGUGGCCAUGACACACAGCUGCAGAAUGCUAUCAAAGAUCCACCUGAGCUGUACAGGCAACCAGGAGGCUGCUGUAGACUGUAUGCUGAUUCACUUAUUGUCACAUUAACCCGAGUCAUGCCACUGAUGGACACUAAAGCCAUGAGGGAAAAUGUUGGGUCUGUAUCCAUCAACUUGUAUGUUAGAUGUUGAUUGUAUAAAAUCACUGUACUUAGUAAGUAUGAGUCGGAUUUUUGUCCAUUGUGGUUUGUAAGAACAACAUUGAAUUAUCCAGGAAGUUUCAUCUCCAGUCUUUUAAGCUAAUAGACAUAGUAUUUGUGUCCAGACAGCGGAGCUAAUGACGAUGCAAAUUAUUGCGCAGCCCAGAAGUGUCCCAUUUAUAUACAUUACAUUCCCCAACCCUAAUCAUCAAAUCAUUGAGAAACGUAAAUAAUUCUACAUCAGACUGCUGCCAGUCAAAUUCUACGUAACUCAGCCAUGUAAUUGUGUAUUACAAUUAAAUUUCAACAGCUAAAACAAUGACCACACACCUGUCAAAGAAAUUAAAGCCAGCUGAGUGGGUACACCAAAGAUUUACAAUACGGUACUACGUCUUUGUGACGUUUGCAUAUUAACUUAUUUGUUAAACAUUAAAUAUUAGUUACUCCUGAAUUGACAUUACCAUAAACUUCAGAUUAUUUUACAAGUGAAGGGGGUGAUAUAUCAUAAAACUUUGUUGCCAAAUCAAUCUCCUGAACAGGUGGUGCUUCAUAACAUCUGGGUUACCAACCCCAUGGUUGUACAGAGUGCAAGAAGACAACACAAAUCAAACUGUGUACAGUAGUUAUUUCUCUAUGUAAGAUAAAUAUGUAUAUUCUAUGGCUAUAUUUAUUCAACCAUUGCCUCAUUUCAUCCAACAAUAACAAAGCUGUUUCCAAUAACAUGCCAGACACUCAGUCCACGUCUUGCAAAGGCUCAUUAAAUGUCCCUCUGCUUUAUUUUGCAUAUCUGUGAGAUGGAUGAGCAGAGCUAUUUAAUGUCAGUAAGGCACACUCACAAGAAGACAUUAUUUGUUUACUUUCUCUAUUAGAUAUUAUUAUCUAAGCAAAGCAAGUCUAUUUCAGCUCAAGAGUGAAUUGUGUUUUGUCCAAUAAGACUCAUGAUGAUGAUUUUGAACAUGACCUAUGCCCUUUGAAACGUUUACCAUUCAUCUUCCAUGCAGUUCUAUUAGCAAGACCAGUCCGCACUGACCAUUCAUUCAUCAUAGAGAGGUAGAGCUUUUUCACCUGCACAGACAGUCCCACAAGUCCCACACACAAAGAGCCACAAACGAUUUAUAUUCAUCACGUCAGUCUAGGCACCCCAAGUCAAUUUACUUAAUAGAUUCCAAGUCCAGGCAUAUCAUUUGCAUGGUGUGGGCUCACUGUGUGCUUAAGAAAAAUCCAGCAAUGAAGACAUUGCUCUUGACUUUGCUCCCGGGCAGAACUCCAGCCACCCUGGCAGGUACUGACUGUAGAGGGAAAAGUGUAGGGAUGCCGUUUGACCAAAUACCUCCUUAUAUACAGGUUUAUUCUACCAUAUAUACUUCAAGAGCUUGCAAUAGCAGCCUUUCUUGCUGAAAGAAUGGUGGGAGGUUUCUCUAUACAGCUUAAGAACAUCUGACUAUGAGGCAUUCUAUGGUACAAUAUAUGAAGGACAUGAGUAAUGUCAGACAUUUGAAAAAAAGUUAAAACAAAGAACAAAUCUGGGGGCUUCAGUGCAGCAUUGUUGAAUAAUAAAAACAUCGGAGGUUGCAAGACUUGGACUUACUCUGUGAGGCUGAACAGCAGUAUUUUUAUGCGUGUGCCACACCAAAAUAUGGCUUGUCUCCCUUCAGACCGCCACAUACAACACUUUAUGGACAUGAAUUCCGCCCAGUGUUAGAAAUAAUCUGUUAUUCUGUCUCUGUUGUCUGUCUCUGUGCAUGGGGGUCACUCACUGUGUGACAAAGGUCACUAUCUGCAUGGGUAAUUCACUAACUUUGUGUGUGCCCUCUCUCUAUGCAAUUAUGGAUUAAUCAUGCAAUAUGCUUUUGAUACAAUGAUUAUGAUCGUGUGUUAAUAUUGGUUUAGAAACUGUGAUUACCUUAAAUACAUUUAUCCCAACUGCUUGAAUUGAGUAAACUUCUAUAAUCCCAAAAAUAUAUUGUAUGUUUCAUAUUUUAUGUUUUAUAUUUUGUGUGCACAUUGCAACAUCUGUGUCUCCAAUUAAAAGUUUGGAUAACAGGUCAGGACACGGACUUGGUGUACUGGGCAGGGAAGAUUACUGCCUGGUCACAUGACGUGUCCCUAUAUAGAUUAAAACUGACGAUCAACGGAUCAAGAGGGUGGCACUUCCUGGAAGAGAUCUACCUUCAUUUUUUAGCAAAAUCUGUCAGAAUAUAAAAAAGGGUUCAAGGGAAAUGAGACUGGUCCAACCUCCAUGAACUGACCAGCCUAUGUCAUGUCAGGGACAUGUAGAUUGAACCCAGAGAUCUCUGUAACUGCACAUUUCUUGACGUAUUGUAAUAAAAUGUAAAAACUAAGAACUUGGACAUCUCCUGCUCAUCAUUCCCCAUCAAACGAUCUGCGCAGAGAAAUAGGUGAGAGGUUACUGUUGGAGUCAGA